AUGGCCUUAACCAAAUCAAAGCUGCAUUUCCGGCACCUUCUCUCUCCUAUCUCUCCACAUAUUCUCAAACCGUACUCUUCCUCUUCAGCUUCAGAACUACAUCUCCAAGAGGACAACACCCCAGAUGAUAAUUCCCAAACUGCCCCUAUCCCCAAGUUAUCUGCCGAAGAAACCCUAAUCGCCGACAAAUUCCACGCCCUAAUUAAAGACCACCACCGCAAUAACCCUAAUCCAAAUCCUAACCCCACUCCCCCGAACCCUAGCUUCACAAUCCCAGCUCUCUCGCACGACUUCUCUCAAAUCUCCGCUGCCCAUUCCAUAUCUCCGUCUAUCGUCCGCCGCGUGAUUGAUAAGUGCGGCUCUGUCCGCCAUGGCAUCCCCCUGGUCCAAGCCGUUGCUUUCUUUAACUGGGCCACGGCCCGCGACGCGUUCGAUCACAAGUCGGAGCCCUACAACGAAAUGGUCGACCUCGCUGGUAAGGUCAGGCAGUUCGAUUUGGCUUGGCACGUGAUCGACUUGAUGAAAGCUCGGAAUGUGGAAAUUACGGUGGAGACUUUCUCGAUUCUUGUUAGGCGCUACGUGAGGGCCGGAUUGGCUGCGGAGGCGGUGCUCGCCUUUAAUCGUAUGGAAGAGUAUGGAUGUAAGCCUGAUAAGAUUGCUUUCUCAGUUGUGAUUGGUAUUCUUUGUAAGAAGAGGAGGGCCAGUGAAGCGCAGUCGUUUUUUGAUAGUUUGAAGCAUAAGUAUGAGCCUGAUGUUAUUUUGUACACUAGCUUGGUUAAUGGUUGGUGUCGAGCUGGUAAUAUAGCGGAGGCGGAGAGGAUAUUUCGGGACAUGAGGACGGCGGGGAUCAACCCCAAUGUGUAUACUUACAGCAUUGUGAUUGAUGCCUUGUGUAGGUGCGGCCAAAUUACGCGUGCGCAUGAUGUUUUUGCGGAGAUGAUCGAUGACGGAUGCCAACCGAACUCGGUUACUUUCAAUAAUCUAAUGCGGGUUCAUGCUAAGGCUCGCCGGACCGAAAAGGAUGAUAAUCUUGCGGAUGCACUUAAGGUGUUUGAUUCGAUGGUUAAGAAAGGCUUCAGCCCAAAUGCAUCGACUUUCAAUCCCAUAUUUCGAUGCACUGCAAAAUUGAAGGAUGUGAAUGGCGCUCACAGAUUGUAUGCUAGGGUGAAGGAGUUGAAAUGCGAAUUGAACACGGUGACCUACAAUAUAUUGAUGCAGAUGUUUGUGGUGUCGAAAUCGACUCAUAUGGUACUCAAGAUGAAGAUGGAAAUGGAGGAGAAUGAAGUUGAGCCGAAUGUGAACACGUACAAUAUUUUGAUCUCCAUGUAUUGUGCAAUGGGGCACUGGAACAAGGCCUACUCAUUUUUCAGGGAGAUGAUUGAGGAGAAAUGCUUAAAACCAAGUCCGCAGGUUUAUGAGACAGUCCUUAAGCAGUUGAGGGAGGCAGGGCAGUUGAAGAAGCAUGAGGAAUUGGUGGAAAAGAUGGUUGAUAGGGGCUUCGUUACUCGACCAUUGGCAUUGCAGUCUGUACAAGUAGCUUAG